AUGCAGGUCACGGAGGACGAGCUCAGGAGCGCAGGCUGGAAGGACAAAAGCUUCUUUCUCAAGCAGGUCAACGAGUUGAUGGGGCAGGGCCUUCUGAAGCUGAUUCCAAUUGGACCUGAAAGCUCCAGACAAUACCGAUACCAGGCUGUGGAUGUCAACCACGCGAAGAAGGUGCAUGGCCUCGACGACGAGCACAUGCUCGUCCUGCAGAAGAUCGAAGACGCAAAGGGAUCGGGUGCCUGGAGCAAGACGCUGCAGGGCAACACGAGGUUCUCGGCGCCCAUCAUCAACAAGAUCACCAAGGAGCUGUUGAAGCGGGGGCUCAUCAAGGAGGUGAAGUCGGCCCAGUUCAGGAACCGCAAGGUCUUCAUGAAGAUCGAUGUCGAGCCGCUGGAGAAGGUGUCCGGAGGCAGGUGGUACCACAACGGCGAGUGGGACGCGGAGCUCGUCGCGUGGAUGACCGACCUGUGCAGGCGGCGCAUGUGCACCGGCUCGGGCGACACCGUCUACCUGCGGGAUAUCCACGAGUUUGUCAUGAGACAUCCUGGGCCCAGGAGGCAGCCGCCCACCAUCGACCACGUGGAGGACGUCAUGAGGUCCUUGGAGCUGGACGAGGAGAUCUGCUCCGUCGUUGACAGCAAGGGUGAGCGCCUGUACUCCGAGCGCCGGAGGGGCGCCAGCGGGGAGGCGUUCGACGUCUUCACCAGCAGGCUGCCGCUGAACAACAAGGGCGAGCGCCUGUACUCCGAGCGCCGGAGGGGCGCCAGCGGGGAGGUGUGCUAG